AUAAGAAAUUGCAAUAGUGUUAUCUGUGAGAAUUCACCACGCACGUGGUGGAAAUUCACCCAAACGUCAAAACUAGUGUCAAUGCGUUUUUUCAUUCUUUUCGUCGGAAAAUUUAUGAACUUUCCCAUUUUUGUUUCGAAAUUAGGGAAAGAUUCAAACUAAACUUGUAUAAAAAGAGCGACAAAUUGUCACAAAAAGUGUUAAAAUUGUACAAUUUGUGAUUGUAAAUAAAAAUGGGAAAUGUUUUGGCCGCAUCGUCUAGCUCUAGCGCAACGCUGGACGCUGCAAAAUUGGGAUUGCCGGAAUUGUCAACUCCCUCACAGAACCAAUCAGCUUCCUCAGCGGCUGCUGCGAUGCCAUCUGCUGCUACGGGUAUAGACUCCAAGGAAGGAAAGCUUGAUAAUCCUGGAACCGUAGAAGAACUACAUAAGAAAUGUAAAGACGUGCAGGCAAUGACUUUUGAAGGUGCAAAAGUUAUGCUCAACAAGGGCUUAAGUAAUCACUUCCAAGUUUCACAUACUUUGAACCUCUGUACUGCGCAGCCUAGUGGUUAUCGCUUUGGCGCUACUUAUGUAGGUACUAAACAAUUUGGACCAUCGGAGGCUUUCCCUGUGUUGUUGGGUGAUAUUGAUCCCUCUGGAAAUCUAAAUGCCAAUGUUAUUCACCAAUUUUCUCCUCGCAUACGUUGCAAAUUCGCUUCGCAGGUACAAGAUUCUAAACUCACAGCUGCCCAGUUAACAACAGAUUAUCGUGGUGAAGAUUACACAGCCUCAUUAACUGUUGGAAAUCCAAAUAUCUUCAAUAAUUCUGGUGUUUUUGUUGGUCACUAUCUGCAGUCCAUAACUGAUCGCAUCGCACUCGGAGCUGAGCUUGCCUAUCAAUACGGUCCCAAUGUGCCUGGCGGACAAAUCGCUGUGGUAUCAGCCGUAGGUCGAUAUUCAGAAGGAAAUUCUCUGUGGUCGGGCACUUUGGGACCAGGUGGCAUUCACCUCUGCUACUAUCAGAAAGCCAGUGAUCAAUUACAAAUGGGUGUCGAAGUGGAAACUAGUCUAAGAAUGCAGGAAUCGGUUGCAACAUUCGCUUAUCAGGUUGAUUUGCCGAAGGCUGAUCUCAUUUAUAGAGGCUCCCUCGAUACCAACUGGAAUGUAUGCGGAGUCUUGGAAAAACGGUUACAGCCACUGCCGUUCUCCUUUGCUUUGAGUGGACGUAUAAAUCACACCAAAAAUCAGUUUAGACUUGGUUGUGGUUUGAUAAUCGGAUAAUAAGCUUUUUGGCUGGUAGGUUUAAAGGAAGCAAAAACUGUAACUGUGGUAAUAGUUGCGGAAAUAAGUCGGAGGGAAUGGAAUAACAGCAAUUAGCGUAGUAUCAAACAACAUGAAACGGGGGAAGGACUGGCAGAAGAUAAUUAACAGCAAAACCAACAUAUAUUAAAGACUAUUUUAUUUAUUUACAAGAACAAUGACUAUUCAGAGCAUUUUAAAACGUAUAAUUCCUAGUUUGACACGUUCUGUCAACAUUUAUGAAAAUGAAAAAAGGUUGGUGAUAACAUUUGUCAAGUUUAAACGACUUUUCUGGAUUUAACAGCGUAGCUUACAUUCAUUUAGUCGUUUGAUUUGCCAAAAAAAAUCACUGUAUUACAGCUGGUGUAAGUCAUUGAAAUCGAUUUUCAAUAUCACCAUUGGGAAAUGACUAAACAAUAAGAAAACAAAAACAAAAUCAAAAACAAAAACAAGGAGACGCAAGUACGAAAAUUUUGUGCACUGCAUUAUUACCAAAUGUUAUUGUCCUUACUGUUAGAUCAUUUACAGACGCCUUUUUGUAGUUAAACUAUUUGUUGUAAAGAAAACAAAUUAAAAUUUGCCUUUUGCCUUUUUUUGUAAAAUAUUCACUUUAAUCGAAAUUUAAAUGAAAACAAUUUAAAAUUUAUUGUUAAGAAGAAAUAAAUGAAAUUUAGACAUUUAAAUUUGAAAUGAUUUGGCUGCUUCAAUGAGUGGAUAUGAAUAGAUAAGAACACCAUUAACACACUUCAACACGUAACUUAGGCAGUAGAUUGUAUGUAGUUACAUAAUUGGGAACGUACACAUAUUACAAUGUAAAAACAAAUAUAUUGCUAUUCUUGUCAUGUUCUUCGACAAUUUAAAAAAAAUGUUUUUGUUGUUUGAGAGCAUCAAACCAAAUAUUAGUACAAAUGAUUUGCAUUUGUUUGGUUGCCAAACUCCUCAUAAAAAAUAGACAAAAUAAAAUUUCAUUUAAUAAAUACAUACAUAAUGUUGCCAUUGUCAAAUGUGCAAAUUUACAAUAAAAAUAAAACAAAAUUUAUUUUAAUGCUUUUAAUUAUUAACUUAAUUUACUCAAUUGCCUCGAUGAGUUUCUUUUAUUUGGCUCUGCCUUCUGUUGUUAAUGCUGCUGGAAGAGCUGAGUUCUUCUUGCUGGCGAUACUAAGAAAUGGGAGUUGCAAUAAAUGAAUAAAAAUAAUAAUGAAAACUGAGUAGUUGUAGUUACCGUUGUAAAGAAAUUUAUAUAAAACAAACCAAUACAAAGUAAAAACUUAUUAAAAACAAUAAAUAAUUAGAGCACUUCCACGGCCUAUGCUAGGUAAAUUAAGUAAGAG